AAAGACCUUACUGUAGACCUAUAACUUCGCUGGUACCCUACCAUAUAGCUGGCACAAUACGGAAAAAGCUCUUACACCUCUGAAAUCCACAGAAGUAAGACGCGAAUCGAACAUCAACAAUUAAAUUGUACACACUUUGAGGCCAGCAACAAUUUUUAGUGACUGACACGUGCGAAUGUCAAAGACUCAGCAGAAGAAGUCACAGAUUCGUACAAGCGUCACAGACUGGCACGUUCAGAGCUCAGCCCAGCUGGAAGAUGAAAAGUAGGCUGCCAUGGUGCUGACCCAGCGAUGUGUGAGCGCUCCCCAGCUUCUCUGUCUGGCGGUGCUCAGCUCCUUCCUGCUAGGACAGGCUGCUUCAUACAACUGCAGCGCGGGCUCAGCAUGUGGAUGGUUGGCGGUGUGCUCCGAUCACCAGUGUGUCUGCCAGGACCCUUUCACCCUACAUGCCAACGGGAGAGAUUGCCAGAAUGGUGUGUGUCGUUCAUCUCCCAGUCGGCCGGGGUCUGUCUGAGCAGGUGUGAGGGGACUGCGGAGGAGAGGGACGGGAACCUAGUGUGUACAGUUCCCCACGUACCAGAACGACGGCUUCGAGACAGAGAGCCAAGCAGACUACUCCCCGCACCGGAUCGACCCGCUGGAAUAUGCUAAUGAGCUGGACAGGCUCCGCCCCCAGGCCGACACGCUGAUGGCUCUUCUGAGUCAGACACGGAGCAAGACCCGAGCGAUGGCCGCCUCCGACCCACGGCUCCCCACAUACAAAGGAGUGAUUCACCAGCUAUGCCGUGUUCUGGUACUACUCCACAAGAAGGACCCAGUGGUCAGUAUCCCGUCGGACGCCCCGGGACUACUGCACUGGGCGCAGCAGAUGUUGGACGACCACCGAGAGCAGCAGUCUUCCUCCGGAGGUACCAUAGAGCUCCCCGUGGCCCAGAUCUCCACGGUUGACCUUGGCCUGGAAGCUCCGACAAGCCCGGUGUACGCGACCCCUGACAGCAGUCAAGGUCACUCAUCACCGAUCCCGCCGGCCGUGGCCAGCCCCUACAGCUCUGUGCCCGUGCCUGUCAAUCACGGGACUUUUGGGCGGAGCAAACGGCCAGGUUUUGCCACGAUCAGCCGGACUCCCUCGGUGCCCAACGGAGCUCUGAUCCGCUCGCUAGAAGCUGACGACAAUAUCCAAAACAUUUUCGCUGGUAAAGCAGAAAGCAACCCCGGCGCUGAGUCGCGCACAUCCACUUUUCUGCGCCGCGAGGAUUUUCAAAGUUUCUUGAUAGACGGUGGUGAGAAAUCGGAGGCUCACAAUUCUUCGCUGGAAAGGAGCUCCAAUAAGGAGAACCUUGCCUCGGAAUCCGUGCAGACAAUUUCGAAAGUUGAUGGUUUCGACGGAGAAGCCGUGGUUGAGAUGAGAAAAAGGACUUUGAAACCCAACCAACCCGCCGCAGACCGCCCGGUGCCCGCCCAAAAACCCGCACGUGCCAAAUAUCCAGGAGCCGCUCCACCGGGCGGCGGGAUAGAGAGUGCCAAAAGUGUCAAAAAAAACAUCAUUACCAACCCCAACGCCAUCAAGAAAUCCAGCUCACUGACAGCCAAACACGGGAAAGCCAGCACGUCUGCUCCGACUAUGGGCUACUUUGCCAAUGGUCACUACUACGACCCGAACCCAAUGCCUGUACAGGAUGGGGAGCUCUACGCCCCGGGCAGCUCCUACAGUGACCGCAGCAACGUCAUGUCCACCUUCCUGGGAGACCUGCCAAACUCAAGGUCGCCGUCUGCCAGCAGUUGUGAGGAUGACGGCGAGGAUUCGGAGAACAGCGGAGGUGACCUUGACGUUUUCCCAUUUGACCCCAACGACGCCACGGACCCAGUGGAAGUUUAGUCCUGCUGUGUGUGUGUGGGGGGGGGGGGGGGGGGGAGAGGAGGGGGGAGGUGAUACUGGUUGUGAAUUCUCUACUUUUUUUCGUGGCAAUACCUGGCGGAAGAAGGCUGGGGUCAGGGUACGGAGUUCCUCUGUCUGUGUUUGUUGUUAUGAUAUCAUUAUAAUGAUACGUUUGUGUUUUUCUGUAGCACACAUCUACGCUCUACAGCAAGCUCUGUCUGCUGUAUACAGGGCUCAUACAGGUCUGGGACAACUCUUGGAAUUUGUUUUUAUUUUCCAAGACAUGGACAACUCUUGGAAUUUUGGAGCAAAAUUCUUGGAAAAGUCUUUGAAAAACAAAUUUUUAACUAGAUCUAUUGUAAAAAUAUUUCCUCGGAGUUUAGAAAGCUUCGACGGAACGCAGUCAGGAGUGUACCAUAAUGCAUUUGUGCCGCUGAAUGAACAAUUUUCUUCCGAAAUGACACAUCUUUUGUCUUGGAAAAAAGAAAUCUGGUCUUGAAAACUCUUGGAAAAGUCUUGGGGAAAAAAAAUGUCCCGCUCAGUAUGAGCCCUGUUUACAACUAUAUAUAGAUUAUUACCCCAGCAGACUCUGGAACUAGAACCAGAACACCCAAAAACAUUCUCAGCUUCUCAGGAAGCGUACAGUGCAAGGUGCUGAUUACACGCGUUUAAGCUCGAACAAACCUACAAGAUCUUUGGCCGUCAAUAGCCGAGACUCAUUCCCACCGGGGUAAGUGUCCAGCGUCUUUUCCAAGGACACAACGUCAGGUCCCUGAUGGGAUUCAAACCCAUGAGCUAACACUUACAAGCCCAACAGCGUAACCUCUAGACCACUAACACCACAGUGUAUUUAGACUUGGUCGCCUUUAAGGACAAGCGGGCUAACCCAGAUUUCGGGGGUUUCCAGAAAUCUCGACCUACACCAAA